CUAUAAGAGAAGAAGGGAUAUGAAACCAUCGCCAGUUAUAUUGACUUUCUUUUAAGCGACACGUGUAUACGCAUAUUCCACACAGGAGGAUACAGAGAUUAAAAAGUGCUCAAAAUGAGAACACCAUUAUGGAUACUUCUGAUUGCAUUAAUAUUAAAUGCAUGUACAAAUGGGCUUCCUUACAACCAAAUUCCAGAAUAUUACACACCACAACAAUCGUCUUGGUAUAAUAAUAAACAAGAUCAACAACAAGAUAAUAGUUUUUCUAAUACUUCGCCACACGUUUUGCAAGAACAACAAGUCGGUGAAUUUGGUACAGGUUGGAAUCAAUUAAACCCUCCACUUUAUAUCAGUCAAUCCGAUUUAUAUUCUGGUUCAAUAUCUCAAAAUACAGACGCAUCAGAUUUUAUUACAUUUUCUCAAUCAAACUUAAAGCAAGAAGAAAUAAUCGAUGAUGGAUUAAGUGUGUCUUGUAAUGGAGAUAAUAAAAUUUGCGUAGAUAAAGAUCUUUGCAUAGAUGGAUACGUUAAUUUCGUACAAAAAGAAUUAAUUCGUGAUAAGCAGCAGAUUCAACAAUGCAAUCUCAAAUAUAACGUAUGUUGUAUUGUAAAAGAUUAUUUCGAACAAUCAUCAUCUGAUGUUGGUGACACAAGUAUUCCUUUCUUAGAACAAAGUGAUUAUCUUGAUGUCAGUCCCAUAACCAAUAGUCAAGGACAUAUUCAUCCAGAACAAGUAGAUCAACAAAAUCUUUUGAUCGAUUUAAAUCCAUCUCAGGAUGUAGAAUCAACAAUAGAAAAUGGUGUUAAACAGAUUGCAAUUCAACAACAAGUUACUGAUUUUAAUAAAGCUACAGAUAUAGGCUCAGGUACUGCAGUACCUCCAGGAUCAUCAAUAAGUUCUAGCACUAAUUUAGAUAAUGUAUUUACUAAAGCUCAAGGUAGUGAUAUAGCUUCUACUAAAGUACAGUCAUCAUCAGAUUUACCAAAUUCAAGAUUUACUGAUUUCCAAGUACCAUUACAAUUAGGAUGUGCAGCAGCUUUACUUUGCGUAGAAGAACAAUUUUGUACUAAAGAAGGAGUAAUUAGCACACAGCCUAUCACAUUUACAGAAAAAGAUAUUCUACAGCGUGUUCCAUUAAGUAGUUGUAAAAAUUCUGAGAAUGGGAUUAUUGGAAAAUGCUGUCGUGAUCCGAAUUAUGUAGAUCCAUGGCCGACGGGUAAUUUACCAGCAAAUUAUUCUGGUGGUUUUGAUGAACAAGGAUUUCCAACAUUUUUAAAUAUAGCAAAAGUACGGCCACCAAAGAAGCAAACUAGUGCUACAAAAACAGCAUCAACUAUUAAGCCUUCAGUGAAACCACCUACACUUACCAAUGAAUCAAUUCUCACUAUUAAAUCAUCUAUUCCAACAUUACCCACGUUACCAAAUGAAAAUAAUUACGAAGUUUCUGAUUCUUCUAUUCAUAUACCUAAACAAGUCACUGGACCAUUAUAUCCUCCACAAAAUCCAUUGAUACUAAAUGAAACACCUUCUAUUGUACCAAGACCAUUUACAAAUAAUAUUUAUAAUACUGCAUCCAGCAAACAAAAUUCUGUAUUGGUGCCAUCUCAGCAAAUACAAAAUGAAUGUGGAGUACGAAAUAGUGUUUUACAUACAGAAAAAUUAGAUAAGCCUGUAACGUCUUUUGGUGAAAUUCCAUGGCAAGCAAUGAUAUUGUCAAAUAAACAUCGCAGUAUAUUAUGUUCUGGAGUAAUAAUAACACCAAGCAUUGUUGUAACAACAGCUUAUUGUGUAAAUGGAAUUACACCACAAGAAGUUUCAGUAAAAUCUGGAGAAUGGAAAUUAGGAUAUGAACUUGAACAUGAAGAACCACUUCCAUUCGAAAUAACAAAUGUAUCAUCUAUUGUUACCCAUCCAAAUUAUGUGCUGGGAUCUUCUGUGAAUGAUAUUGCAGUUCUCUACUUAGAACAUGCUAUAGCAAAAAACACACAUGUAAAUCCAUUGUGUCUGCCAAAUUCAAUUGAAACUCAAACAUUAAAUAAAUGCAUUGUAACAGGAUGGGGUCAAGCAAUAAUUAAAGUACAUGCACUUGGUGCUGUUAUGAAUAGUCUUGAUGUUGACAUUUUAUCACCUGAUGUAUGUAUGCAACAUGCAUCUGGACAAAAAUAUAAUAUAAAUAUAGAAUAUGGAACUUUAUGUGUAAAAUCACAUAAUAUAAAUCAUAAUAUGUGCCAAACUGAAAUUGGUGGACCAUUAGCUUGUCAAAGAGAAAACGGAAUCUAUGAACUUGCUGGACUUUAUAGUCAAGAUAAUGGUUGCUCUUCCACCAAUCAAAUUGCAAUUUUUACACCUAUUGAUAAUGAUUGGUUAAAAAAAAUGAUAUAUUAUAAAGAAAAAAAUAUAUCUUCUCCAACAUUUAAUAUAAAAGACGACUCAUAUGACUAUAGGAAAAGUAAUCUUCCAUCUGAAAUAAAUCAAUAUUUACCACCAAUCUAGCAAGAAGAAUAAAUUCUUCUCAGUAUUUUCUGAUACAAAUAUAUGAUUUUUAUAAUAAAUCAAUUCUUGUAUGCUCUCUAUAAUAUCAGAAGUAGCUCGAUGCUUAGAUGUUUUUGGAGGAAUAGAAUUAUAAAUUUGUGGAUUCCAUCUUCUGUAAAAUAUAUAUGUAUAUAAAGUUAUGAAUAAAAUAUAUAUAAAAUAGA